AUGGAUCUACUAGCAAAUAUUGGAAUGCUUGACUGUAAACUAGCUGAUACACCUAUUGUUGAGAAUCAUAAAAUUGGUGUUUAUGUGGAUCAGGUCCCAACUAACAAAGAAAGAUACCAAAGAUUGGUUGGGAGAUUGAUUUAUUUAUCAUUGACACGCCUUGAUAUUGCCUUUGUUGUAACCAUAGCUAGCCAAUUUAUGCAUUCACCUAGUGAGGAUCAUAUGGCUGCUGUGAUGCGUAUUCUGAGUUACUUAAAGUCUACUCCUGGGAGAGGUUUAUUAUUUAAGAAAAAUGGCCACUUGGAUCUAGAAGGUUACACUAACGUAGAUUAUGCAAGGAAUAUUACAUAUAGACGUUCUACAUCAGGUUACUUCACCUUUGUUAGUGGUAACCUAGUUACAUGGCGUAGCAAGAAGCAAAAUGUUGUGUCUCGGUCCUCUGCAGAGUCUGAGUACAGAGGGAUUGCCCAAGGGGUUUGUGAAAUACUGUGGUUAAAGUGGUUACUUGCUGAAAUUGGGUUUAGACUGAAUGCUGCUAUAAAGCUCCACUGGGAUAAUAAGUCAGCAUUUGAAAUUGCUAACAAUCUGGUGCAACAUGAUUGA